GAUACCAGCGACAGUACUUCCACGCUGCCGCUCCAGCAUCCAGUCGUCUGUCUAUCCGCUUCUCUCAAGCUGCUUGAUACGACGAAUCCAUCGUCACUUUCGAGAUACCAGAGACUGCUGCCCUCAUCCUCCAGACUGCCGAGCGCCGUCGACAUGAGCUUCAAUGCCGACGGAUCCAUGAGCCAAGAGAGCCAGGACGCCUUCAACUCCAUCCGCGAAACCUACCAGACAUACUUCUCGGACGUUGAGCACAUUGCCCUCACCUCGGGCCCGGCCAAGCCGUCCACCAAAGGGAAACCCCAGAGCCGAAGCGCGGCUCUGGGCUCCAGCACCGAUGAAGCCGAGGAAAGUAUUGCGCCCCUGAGCUCGUCCAGGGCAGCCCUGGGCUCUCUCGGCGCUUUCUCGGAUGCAAAGAGGUCUCGAACCCAUCUUGGGUCGCUGGGGUCGCUCUCGAAUCUGCAAAAGGCUCCCUCGCAGUCGCUUUCGAACCUGCAGCGGGCAACUUCGCAAUCCCAGUCCAACUUGCAAAAAACGACAUCAAUGUCUCAGUCCAACCUCUCUCGGAAUGCACUCACUGGCUCGUCCAGCAACCUGCGUGGGCCAGUCCUGGGUCCGCAGGGCCUCGAUGGCUACUAUGCUCGCCAGGGCCGAAAUGCCCUGCAGGGCGACGACAAGAGCGUCGAUGCUACGGCAUCCGAAUCGAUGUCCGUGAGGUCCUUUUCUCCCAUCCAGGACAUGACCGCUGCCAUGGAUAAGAUGGAGCGGCAGAUCGAAAAGUCGCUGCAGAUGGCCGAGGAAAAUCUGCAUCAGUCCAUGGACAACAUCGUGCGGACAAAGAUUGCUUCCAAAACCGGAUCCCGUCAGAUACUGGCAAGUUCAACCGACCACCCUGGCGGACUCACUCGGUCCCGAACAGCCGUAAACUCAAGUGACUCCCGUCCAGGCACCGGAGCCCAGGGCCUCAAGUCGUCCAAAGGCAGUCUCGCCCGCCUCGACUCGACUGCGUCCAACCGGAAGCUGUUUGCUGCCCGCGGCUCCAUCGGAAGCUUCGAUAGUGUGGCAUCAGGCCGCUUACCGGCCAUCGAGUCCCGUCCAGCACGAGCGCCCGAGCGUCGCUCCAUCGACAUGGGCAAGGCCCAAAGCAAAGAGCGGAUAGGACAAUCCGAAGGCUCACUGAACGACCUGUCCAAGAGUGGCUCGAGAGACAAUGUGGUCGCUCGACUCACAGAUCCGGCCAAUUUCCCACCGGCCUACAAGCACAAGUUUGAAGCCAUUCGGAAGCACCAGGAGAAGGUCGCUGAGAUGGCACAGUAUCCUCCAACAAGCCCAAGCGGCUCUCGCGAGAGUCUGAGCAAGCAUGCGGCGCCAGAGUCUGAUGUAGUGAAGCGUCUGACGGAUCCCAAGAACUUUACUGGAAUCCAUCGACUGAACCCGAGUGACAAGCUUGAUUUUAAUGGAUACCCGCUGUCAUUCAAGCCACCGAGCGAAAACGAGAAGGAGAAAAUUCGCACAUCCACGACCAAACCCAAGAUCGAGUUCUUCAACGAGUUUGCUCCGCCAUCUACCGAGCGCACCCCAAGGUCAUCAGUUGGCACACUUUCGACCGGGAACAGCACUCGUGCUAGCCGAACCACCCAGUAGUAAGCACUUCCCGAUCAAUGCCGCCGUGAGUGUGCGCUGAACAGCGCGGGAAUGUAUAUACAUGUACAGAACAAUUGCCUUCCAGUUCUGUCGCCCGAUACAAUAUACACACCUCCGGUAGUGGCCGCUAGCGAUGCGAU